AUGAAAAAUAUUGUUCAUUACCAUAAUAUAAAAAUGAUAACGUAUGUUGAAUUUUCAUCAUAUCCACUUGAUGAGUAUGAAAGUCCAUUUUCAUUUACAAAAGUUGAUAUUAUUCUUGAUGCAAAUUGGAUUAAUUUAUGCAAACACUUUAUGAAUUAUAUCUUUUUGAAAAAAUAUAUGGAGUUUGGUGAUUCUAAUCCAUUACAACCAAUUGAUUUAAAAUCAUCAGCAAUGAAACGAGUAAAAAAAUCUUAUGAAAGAUGUCUAUAUACAACUGCAAAAUAUCCACCAAAUAUACAAGGGCUCAAUAUGAUGCAGUAG